UUAACUGUGUUCUCAUCAACUGCCCAGGUUUCAAUCAAUCCUGGCUCACUUUUUCACGUUUUUCUGGCUUUUCCUCUUCCUCCAGGCGCUGACCGUCGUUGCAUCUUCUGCAAACGUAUUGUCCCGCACGAUGAGUACGACCUGCACUAUGUCAUGUGUCUCACGCGUCCGCGGGUCACCUACAAUGGUAAGUUUUCCAACCCUAACGCUAAUCUUAAACAUAAAUUUGAUGAAUUUAUUGUUACCCGACAUUUGGGCUUCCUAU